AUGAAAUCGUUAUUUGGGAUUGACAAAAGUAAGUUGGAUAUAUUACAAUCAAAUGUAUUGAUUGCAAUUAUCCAACGACUAGAGAAUAAAUUGUAUUCCAUGGAUGGUAAAAUUAACACUCUGCAAGAAAAAUGUAAUGGUUUACAAUUAAUUGUUAAUAGUCAGAAUGUUACCAUUCAGUCACUUCAUCAAUCAUCCUCUUCUAUCACUGAUCAACAUAAUGCUAUAUUAAAAGUCGUUGACAAUCUCUCAUUAACAAUUGAUCAUUUAAACAAUAAAUUACCAACUUGUUUCUCUAAUCAACAGUCUCAAUUAGUCUCAUCAACUUCAACGCCAGAAACAUAUCCAUUACCCAAUGAAGAUACUUUGAUCAAAGUUCUUCCUCUUCAAAACAAUCAUCCAUCGACAAUUAAAUUACCCCCUUCAGCUGUUCCUAUUACGAUCACAGGCAGCAGCAUUAUUCGUGAUUUAUUACCAGGUAUUAUGAAUUAUAAUGAUAAACUCUGUAAUAUAAAAAUAAGAACUAAAGGUGGUGCUCUGAUCAACCACAUCAGUAACUUAGUUAAAACAAAUAGAAUAGACAAGCAAUUUACAGACUCUGAACAUGUUAUCAUUUCAACUGGAUCGGUCGAUAUUAAACAUAUCACACCAGAAUCUGCUAUUCAAAAUAUUAGAAGUCUAAUAAGAACAUUCAAAGAAAAAUUACCGGAUGCCUCAUUAGCUUUAUGUACUUUACCAUAUCAAUAUGAUCCUAGUCUUAAACCAAGUCUUCAACAGCAAUUAAAUAAAGACAUUGAAGAUUUCAAUACAAAAUUAGUUGCAUUAGACAAGGAAGAUCAGGUCCAAAUAAUUGCAAUCAAAUUUACUCAAGAACAUAUUGAUACUAGAGAUGGAAUUCAUUUAAAUGGGUUAGGCACAAAAUUAUUAUCCUCAUCCAUUGAUAACUAUUUAUCUAAAUGUAUUUAA